UAGCCUUGGUUUGCACGUAAUUAUCAAUAUUGUUGAUCUUUGAUGAGAAUUUCGUAUUCGCUGUUCCUAAUCCAAAGCAUUUUAAAAGAUGCUGACCAAAGUCCUGGUGUUGAUUUAAAAAUAAUGUAUGAUAUUGGAUGUGUAUUAUCAUCACAUUUAAAGGCAAACAAGAGGCAUGACAUUUUGUCAAAAGUGUCAAUUUCGGUGCCGAUAUUUCAUUGUUAUGGACACAAGGCUUCAUGCCAGGUCAAGUUCAGUCCUAGAAGGCUCGAUGGUUUUGGUCUUACAGAUGGUGAGGCUAUUGAAAGGCUCUGGGCUUACCUUCGUGGGUUCUCAGCUAUCACUAAGAAGAUGUCUGCCAGUAGAAGAGUAGAUCUUUUGACAGACGCUCUUCUUCACUUAUCUCGAAGAAAUUUUAGCAAUGCAGGAAAAUCGUUAACGUCGAAGCUUAAAAAAUGUCUACAACUUAAAAUUAAAACGCAACAAGAAAUGAAGGAUUUAUUUAGCGAACUACCUGGAAAUACGAAUUUAUUUUGUUUGUUAGUGACGUACGAUCCUGAAAUUGUUUGUCAGUGGGAGGCCAGAGAGAAGGAAAUUAUGUCAAGAGUCUACCCAGAACAUAAAGAAAUCACGGAGAACUGGAAAGUGACGUACGUUCAAAAGCUACUGCAUUUUAAACAACUAAGUGCUACAUCAUUCGGAUGUUUUGAAGAAAACCAGGAGAUAACCUCUGAAGAUUACUCAAUUCAUCAGAUGUCGAAAAAACUAUACAGUUUCGAAAGAUUUUAAAAGAUAUUGAACGAAAGCAUUCUGUAAAAGAAAGAUGGAAACCUGGUCAUCCUAAUUUUGACGUCGUUGCAUUGCAAGUCAUACAAAGAAAAC